AUUAGUGAAAAUGGUUUACUAAGGUAGUCCAAAUUUCAAAUCUUGGACAAAUAAAACACUGUAUCUAUAGCAAAGAAGAUGGAAUUUUAUGGAUAAAGAACAUAGAGCUGUGGAGCAGUGUUGUGAAAAACGAGAAUCAGACUGACUUAAUUUGACAGAGACACGGAACAAGGAAUAAUUUGAGAUUUAGUCCGGUGAAGUACGGAACAUGAUCUCCUGUACAGACUUUUUGAAACGGGUAUGAGCUUUAAAUCUACUGCUUGUUUCAGUUUGAAGGAUACAUUUAUUAACCUCACUCUUCAUGCGUGUCAGCGUGUGUAUUUGAUCUACACAAAACAAGACUCCUGCAAAGCUGCAUUUACUUUUUAAAAAUUAUUUAUUUUUUAUUUAAAAGGUAAUUUAUAAGCUCAAGUGAUAUCUACGUGCAUGUAAACAUGGCGAUAAGGAUUCAAGUAGUGGAUUUAUCAUAUCCACCACAUUCGUCGGAAUUCUGUUUUGAGUAUAUAAAACACUUCUGCUCUAACUCAACUUCUUUCUUAACUUUAGGACCUAAUCAAACUUAAUCUUCAAUAAUCUCUCCACUUUCAUAAACAUUGAUGCUAGUAAGCACAGUAAUUAAUUAACGCAUCAGUAUGUCUUAUGAUUCAGUAAUCUCAUCUGCUGUUAAAAAGCUCUCCUCAAAAACCCCAUUCUUCGGCCUCAAAUUAUGGCCUCUGAUUCUCAUAUCCAUUGGAGUUCUCAUCUUGUUGCUUCUUAUUCUUAAAUUCUGCUGUGCUCGUCGAAGAUCCUCUAAAUAUGGUCAUUAUCAGCUAAAUAAACCUGAAAGUAGUAGAGAUGCAAUCUCGAAAACUCCUUCAUCUGCACUGCUUCUAUCGCGUAAUGCAUUGCCAUCGGAGACUGACAUAGAGUCGUCAGGUGGUCGGUGGUCAAGCCGGGAGGGGUAUCGAUGUUCGAGUACUAAAAGUGGUCAGUUGAAGCACUGGAAUAGCAUUGGGGGGAUUAAGCAAUACACACUAGAGGAGAUUGAAACCGCUACAAAUGAAUUUGCUGAUGAAAAUGUUGUUGGCAGUGGAGAUUACGGGAUUGUCUAUCGUGGCCUGUUGUUUGAUCACUCUCGCGUUGCUAUAAAGAAGCUCGUGUUUAACAAUGGUAAAUUAAUGGACUUUAUACAAGAAGUCGAGGCGAUGUGGUGUAUUAGGCACAAGAAUUUGGUGAAGUUAUUAGGAUACUGCACACAAGGAACCUACAAAAUGCUUGUGUACGAGUACGUGGACAAUGGUAAUCUCAAGCACUGGCUUCAUGGAACAGGAGGGGAUGUUAGCCCCUUGACAUGGAAUACGCGGAUGAACAUUAUCCUAGGGAUCGUCAAGUGUUUGGUGUAUCUUCAUGAGGAUACAGAACCACCUAUUGUUCAUCAGAAUUUAAAAUCAAGUAAUAUUCUGCUUGAUCGCCAAUGGAAUCCCAAGGUCUCGGAUUUUGGUUUGUCCAAGCUUUUGGGACCUGACUGGACUCUUUCUUCGGCUAGACCAACAGGAACUUCCGGUUAUAUGGCACCAGAAUAUAGUGGAACAAGAAUUUUGGACGAGAAGACGGAUGUUUAUAGCGUUGGAGUACUGAUCAUAGAGAUCUUAUCAGGGAGAUCCCCGGUACAGAGGAGAGGAGACGGGACAGAGGUUAACUUGGUUGAGUGGCUAAACUCCGUGUUGAGGGACCAGAAUAUAAUCCAUGUGCUGGAUCCAAAGUUACCAGAGAAGCCUAAUAAGAAGGAACUAAAGCGGAUAAUAUUGAUUGCUCUACGCUGUGUUGAUGCAGACGCUGAAAAUAGGCCGAAAAUGGGAGACAUCAUCCACAUGCUUGAGCCUCGAGACUUGCUACUAAGUGAUGGACGUGUAACAAGAACAGAGACUUUUCGUCGCAAUCCUGAUUCCAAUUAAGUAUCAAGUUGAUAGUGUAAAUACAGAACAGGGCACAGAACAGGGCAGGAAUUGGAUCAUUUUUGAAGUCUGAAGGAGCUGGUAUAUGAUCAAAACAAAUUGUGUGACAAGUUUCUUCACAAUAUUGCUUCUUUCAGUUUUUAUCUGUUAAUGAUACAAACAUAAUCAUGCUGUAAAUAAUUGUUACUGUUCUGCGUGCUUGAGAUUAUGCAUUCUU